GCUAUCAUUGCAGUUGAACGUUGCUGCUAACGUGACCAGACCAAACCGGUGGCAAAGAUUGUUGAUGGGCCCGCUGGCGGCGGAUGCCCCGCAUUCUUUCACUGCAUGGAUUCAAUGAGUCGCAACGAGGCGAACAGCAGCAGCCACCACCAAAACAAGGUGGUCUUAAUGAAUCAAGGAACUGAUAGCAAUAACGAAGGAGCUAAUAAUCUAACCAGUAGCGGUAGCAGCAAUAACAACAGCGGCGGCACCAACAGCCACAGUAACAGCAGCACACGAGGCAACAUCACUAGCAGUAGCAGUAGUAGGAACAACAUUAUUAGUAUUAGCGGUAGUAAGAGCAAUAGCGGCGUCAGUGACGGUAACCCUGGUGACGGUAACCAACCAACGCACACCACUAUCCAUCAACAUCGUCUUCAGCAGCACCCGGCAUCUUCGCCGGCAACGCUUGAUCAUCCUACGAAUUCGGUCGAAUCGGCGGACCGUGGAAGCUAUAACGCACUAGUGGGUGUUGUGGGGGUGGUGCCGACUGCCGUCUCUUCGUCCUCAUCAUCGGCGGAUAUCAAGGAUUCUAAUUUUGACGACGACAACGAGUGGGACGUGGGAAUAGGAGAUUUAAUAAUCGAUUUAGACGCUGACAUUGAAAAGACUGGUGCGAAUCAGCAACAGCAACAGCAACACCAGCAAAGACAGCAACUACAGCAGAAUCAACAGUCCAGUAAUACGACUCCCGGUGGUGGUGUGCUGCAAUUCCUAUCAACCAGCGGUGGUGGCAGCAACAGUGGUGAGUCAACAACUGCUAUUGCAUCCGCUGCUGCUCAUAGUAAUCAAGGUCGAAGCGGGAACACUUCGGGUAAAAGCCGAAAAACUAGCCCAGUAAGUGUGCCAAGCGACACUAGAGAGAAAACUUCUACAUCGGGGGCGGCAGCAGGAAGCAGUGGGAGUGGUGCAAGUAGUAGUUCAAAAGGACACCAUCAUCACCAUCACCAUCAUCAUCAUCAUCAUCAUCAUCACCAUCGUCACAAACAGCAGCAGUUGAGUGGUAGUAGCAGCAGUACCAGUAUAAGUUCCGGAGAAAAAAGUGGAGAAUCACAAGGAAGCAGGGUUCGUACCUCAAGUAAUACAUCUACGGGUGGUUCUGUGUCCACAUCGCACUCUUCCGAGUCGGCUUCUGUAACUGCUGCUCCAACAUCUGUAGGACAAGGAGUAAGACCUCAUACGGGUAACGACACUCCCGAUAGUGGUGGUUCGCGUGGAGAUACCCACACCUAUUCGAAUACCCACGGUGGUAGUAGUCGAAGUAAACAAAACGCACCUGGCAGCAGCAGUGGUGGUGGCAAUACGAACAGCAGUAACAGCAGUAAUACCACAAUGUCUUCGACUACCAGCAGCUCGGGUAGUAAGUCAACGACCAAACUGUCCGUUGACCAUCAAGCAACUCUGGAUAAGGGGCUUAAGAUGAAGAUCAAGCGUACGAAACCAGGCACAAAAACAUCCGAAGCAAAGCAUGAAAUUGUCAAAUCAGAUCAAAACGGUACCACAUCAACAACGGCAACGUUAAGUACCGGUGGUGGUACGGCGGGUGCUGGUACGACGGGCAUUGGAUCGUCUGCUGCCCUAACUAAUACGACUGGUGUAACAGGCAUGACCACAUCGUCUUUGGUAGGCUCUGGGUCUGGUUCAUUAAACGCCGUUGGCACACUAGGGGGCGCUGGUGGAGCUAAUAUGAACAUCAAUAGCGGAGGCGGUACAACGAGUGGUCACUUAUCGACUGAUUCCGACAGUACGGGUAUGGGUGGUGGAGGAGCAAUCGGAACGGCGACUGGAGUCUCUGGAAGUGGAGUGGGAGGAGUGUUGAAUCCGGGAUUAAAUUCGAGCACGGUUGGUCAUCCAAGUGGCGGAUCAGGAGUGAUCGGAUCUGGUGUCAACUGUGGUAAUACACACGUCAAUAGUAACACUCCCAAUGGCAGUAAUAACAGUAAUUUAGGCAUGAGUACCAGUGGCAGCACUGCUAGCAACAGUGGCAGUGGGAGCAACAUCAACACCGGGAGUAUAGUAUUGGGUGGGUCUGGGAAGAAACAUUCGUCCCAAUCCGCCAGUAUCGGUACCAUGGGUGGGAACAGCAAUAGUGGUGGUAGCAGCAUUGCCCAACAACAGAUGAGUUCCAAUAUUCAUACAGCGCAACAACAGCAACAGUCCCAGCAGCAUCAGCAACAUCAACAACAACCGGUCCAGAGUUCAAAUAAACGUGGCAGCAGCAGCCACCGGAGAGACAAGGGAAAGGAUAAAACUACACACCACAAUCAGCGUGAUAAGAAUGAGCAAUUGCAACAACAGCAGCAACAUCAAGGAACUGGCGGUGGAGCUAAUAGUGGUGGGCCAGCAGAUAUUGGCAUUGGUCCGAGUGGACUAACCAAUAGCCGAUCCACCAGCGGCGGUAACUGCAUGUGUGUGGUCAACCACGAUGUACAAGUAAACGGGUUACUACAGCAACAGCCCUGCUCCAGUGCAUCCUGUAUAUAUGCCAAGUCUGGAAGCAAUAAUGGUGAUCAUGGCAGUGGUGGCAGCAUAACACACGGCUCAUCGCAUCGAAUAGGAGCUGGAGGAAUCAUUCCAGGAAGUUUAAGUGUUGGUACGGGUUCGACUUCUGGAAGUACUACUAACGCUCCGAACGCUCCUGGUCCACCGGUGAUAGGGAAGGACAUCAACAAGCUAUUAAAUCUAAAUGUUCCUAGCACAGGAACACAUAAUUCCAGUGGAAAUAAUACCAACAACAGCAGCAGUAUAACCGGCACCGGUACCAGCAACAUUUCGAAUAUCGCCAACAAUAUGCAUACCGGUGGAACCGGUGUGUUAAAAGCUCAACUGCAGGCCGGUUCCCUGGCCGGGACUGUUAGCGAAGCUGCCGGAACGACGACAACAAACAUGAUGGGUGUGGGAAUGUUUGCUGGUGGUGUUGCAUCCUCGCCAAACCUUUCGGCAGCUCUGUCAGCGCACGAUGAUAAGAGUGGUUCAAGCCCUCCUCCCGCCAAGCGUCACAAGGGUGAAAGGAAGGAAAUGGUAGAUGUAUGUGUUGGAACGUCCGUUGGCACAAUAACCGAACCGGACUGUUUGGGCCCUUGCGAGCCGGGCACGUCCGUCACGCUGGAAGGAAUUGUUUGGCACGAAACUGAGGGUGGAGUUUUGGUAGUAAAUGUCACCUGGCGGGGCAAAACCUACGUUGGGACGUUGAUCGACUGCACCAAACACGAUUGGGCUCCUCCAAGGUUUUGUGAUUCUCCAACUGAAGAAUUGGACUCCAGGACACCAAAAGGACGGGGUAAAAGAGGACGAAGUUCAGCAUUGCUUCCAUCGAACGAUCUUAGUAAUUUCACAGAAACACGAAGCUCGAUGCACAGUAAGUUAAGAAAUGGUGGUUCGAAAGGGCGAGGAGGCAGAGGGGGCAUUAUCGAAACGAAUGUGGCAAACAGUGGCGCAACUGGAGGAGCAAAACUUCCAACCCUCACUGCCAGUGCAAACGUUCUUGGCACAGGUAACAAUGGAGGAUCGCUGGGUGCUACCAAUACACCUUCUACAUCUCCCGUAGCUUUUCUGCCGCCGAGGGCAGAAAAGCGCAAAUCAAAAGAUGAGUCUCCAUCUCCACUUGGAGCUGGUAGUGGUAGUGGUGGAACCACGGGAGCAGGAGUCGGUAGUAACAAUGGUGCAUCGAACACCAUGAGCAAUAAUGUGAUAAACCCUGCGUCUGUAAAUAUGGGAGGCAAUAGCUCGGGCAAUGGAGGAAAUGGUUUUAACAAUGGUUCCAACACAGACGGUGGUGGUGGCCACACGUCAAACUCCUCGUCAAUCGUUAAUCUCGUCACGGGAUUGAACGUGCAGGUUAGCGGUGGUAGUAGUGGCAACAGCGCUGGCGGUGGUGGAUCGGCCAGUAAAAAGGCGAAAAGCAGCACCGCAGCAUGUGCUAUCUCCCCGGUGUUACUAGAGUGUCCUGAACAAGACUGUAGCAAAAAGUACAAGCACGCUAACGGGCUAAAGUAUCACCAGAGUCAUGCACAUGCUGGCAGUGCGUCUUCGAUGGAUGAGGAUUCAUUGCAAGCUCCCGAGUCACCGCAACGAAUAGCACCGUCGCCGACCACCAACAAUACGGCUCCGUCACCCCUGUCUAUGGUCGUCGGUAGCAAUACAGCUCUUCCGUCAACAGGCACAGGCAGUGGCUCGUCGUCCACGGGCAACAACAGCGAACUCGUGCUAGCGCUAUCUACCACGUCGGGUGGAUCAGGUUCUAGCUCUGUCAUAGCGACAUCCUCAGCUCCUUCACCAUCGCAAACAGUGUCCGGAUCUACUUCCUGCAUUUCAACCGUCUCUAGUCAAUUGUCACAACAAAAUUUAGCAACUAAACAACAGCCUCUUGGCCCAAAUAGUGCCAACGCAAUCAACAAUGGAACUGUUGGGGGUAGUAUUAGUUCGCAAGACGCUAGCUCAGCAGCGACACACGUAACUAGUAAUAUUUUACAUCAGUCAUCAUCUACCGAUCAAAUUCCAUCAUCUGCUGCGUCUGCGGGUCCGCUUGGAGGCAGUGAACACCAAGAUCUUGGUCACGGUACCGGUGGAGGGGCUGACAUGUCGGUAGAUGGCGGUUCCACUGUUAUGAACGAUGAAGAUCCAAGUGUUAGCGUGGCAGGAGGAAUGAAUGCUAAUGCGGCUGCACCGGUAGCAAUAGCAAGAUCGCCGGCGGUUAACAUUGCAAUGUUGUCGAAUUCCGCACCUGCUACACCGGUGGAUGUCCAUAAACCUCCUCAUAGCUACGCUAAGCAGAAGAAAAGUCGUAAAUCUCCCGGCCCCUCUACCAACACCGAUUAUGACUCACUGGCUUCAUCGGCGGCUAGUCGCACGGAGGACGUACAAAGCCCAGCUUAUAGUGAUAUUAGUGACGAUUCCACUCCCGUUACCGAUGCGACUGAUCUGCCCAUGGGGGCAACAGAAAAAUCAAAAGGAUCUCAUCUGACGGAAGGCACCAGGAAAACGAACGAAGCACCGGUAGAAUCGGUGAACAAUUCUAGCACCAGCGCUCCAAGCACGGGUGGUCCACUUGGACCAUUAUCUAGCUAUGGUCUCUAUCCAUACUACGCCGGGUUGCCCCAUCAGCAGCCACCUCCGCCGCCGCCUCCGGGCGGUCCAUACUUUCCUACGGCAGCUGACCUUGGUGCGAAUAAGCCACCACCGCCACCACCGAUCGGUUCAGUCCCGUUACCUCAUGGUGUAGCAACAAACAUUGCGCCUCCGUCUGUCUCCUCCGUCACUGGAGGACCGCUCGAGUAUAGCAAAAAUAAGGAGCCGCCAUUGGAUCUUAUGAACAAACCAAACAACACAGGACCAACACAACCACAUCCAUUACAUCAAUCGCAACCUCCGCCAUCGGCUUUACCGCCGCCGCCAUCAUUAGCACCAAGUGGACCACCUACUGGACCGGAUGGUGUUCGCACAGCCGGAGGGCUAAUGCUGAACCCUUCUGUAACUAGCGGGUUGUCCACGAUGGCGGGUGGUAACGAUGUGAAGGAUGGCUCCAUGUUAAACGCUGGUCCACCUCCACCACCGGGCGGAAAAGUAUUGCCACACUACUAUCCUUACGGCUAUGUUCCACCCGGGUAUAAUUAUCCUGGUCUCGAUGGUGGUUAUAGUCAGCUCUCAGUAAUAUCGGAUGAAACGAAACACAGUCCGGUUGUAACAGUCAAGGAGGAACGGUUGAAGGAGAGCCAAAGUCCUAGCGAGUAUAGUAAAAUGGGUGCUUCGCCGCUCAUGGCCUCGAAACUCAUAAAAACGGAAUCUACUAAAGAUAUAAAGACUGAACCUGGCCUAAGUGGAAGUGGCGGCGCAUCAAUGCACGGACCUGGCUUGCACCCUAAAGAUCCUCAACAAGUUGGUCCAAAUCAACAACCGCCUUCCCUACCGCCACAAUCACUCGGUCCAUAUGGUAGCAUGUUCCGACAUGGGCUGGGCGUUGGCCCACCACCGGGUGGUCCUCCACCGCCGUCCCACAUCGCAACUUCUAGAGAGGAAGAUCUUAGAAGAAUGUUCAGCUACACUGAUCAACGGCGCAAUCCCCCUCCAUCGGGUCAUCCCGGGGGUCCACCAGGGCUACCGCCCGGACUGAAUUCCAAGGAUGAGCCACAUUCACCUUCAUCGCACGGGCAAUCGCAACAGCAAUCAGGAUUGCAUGGACAAUCGCUGUCGGGUCAAAGUUCGGGCAAAAGCUCGAAAUCUUCGGGACAAACAGGCUCGUCAUCAUCGUCAGGUGGGGGCGGCAGCAAAGGGAUGGGAAAAGGUUCGGAUAGUGGCAGCGGAAGCAUCAAGCAGGAGGACAAAGACAGUAGUGCGCUGAAAUUGAAACAGCAGCAGCAAGAGGGCCAAAAACCUACGAUGGAAACGCAAGGUCCACCGCCACCGCCAACGUCACAGUACUAUUCACCUUCGCUUUACAUGAGCGCCUCACCAUUUGGGUUUGAUCCAAACCAUCAAAUGUACCGACAGAUGUUGGUGUCUACUGCACCGUAUUCUGCAGCACCGUACCACUUGCAAAUACCGCGCUUCAAUCACCCGCCCGAGGAUUUGUCGCGGAAUCAGAGUACGAAAGCGCUAGAUCUGCUGCAGCACCAUGCCAGUCAGUACUACAACUCACACAAGAUACACGAGCUUAGCGAGCGCGCAAUGAAAAGUCCGACCAGCAACAGCGUUAAAGUAAGCGUAUCAAGUCCCAAUCUCUCGCAGCAACCAGGUUGCCAAAAUCCUAAUCUAUGCAUUCCUCCACCAAACAGUAGUAGCGCAGGAUUGUCUUUACAGCAACAACAGCAGCAGCAGCAACAACAGUCAGUUGCUGCCGCACAACAACAAUCAGCAAAUUCUAGUGGUGGCGGUGGUGGUGGUGGUGCAGGCGGUGGUGGUGGACCACCACCAUUACAGCAAUCAUCACAACCUCCUUCGUCGGGAAACCAUAUGCAAGGAAAUUCAGUAAGUAGCAAUAGCGGGAACAGUGGUAAUGUAAAUAGUGGUAACAGUGGUGCCAGUGGUGGUCCUGGAGGAGCAAAUAACACAGGCGGCAGUGGUGGGAGCGGUAGUAAUGACGGCCAAGGCAAAGAUCAUGGUGGCGGCGGCAGCACCGGCAGUUCGCAACAACAAUCUUCCUCUGGUGGGGGUGGUUCGAGCAGUGGUGGAAAUGGCGGAACACGAAGCCCACCACCGCAGCGUCAUGUGCACACACACCAUCAUACCCACGUGGGACUUGGUUACCCGAUGUUUCAAGCACCAUACGGAGCCGUACUAGCGAGUCCUCAGGCAGCGGCCGUUACUGUGCUAAGUCCUUUCCAGACGGGUCCACCAACCAAGUGA